GACUUCAUAAGACUGUUGGAAACCACAAGAGAAGCACGUCACCUCGAACAAUCCACUGAGAUGGGGUUUUAAACAAGCGAAGCAGACAUGUUCCGCCUAGAAGACAUUUCUGCAGUCAUUGAACACUUAUUUUAAUACUUAACGCUUGUUAUUUGUGAAUUACCUCUCAUCGAUAUUUUUCCUUUCCUUUUCUUAUCGGACUUUUAUUCACUCUCAGUCUGUGUGGGCAGCCGAAAUGAAGAAUCCGCAUCUAAUCAAUAGUCACUGCAAGAUCCUAAAUUCGGUGUCUAGAGACAGGAAAUUCAAACGGAAAGCGAGAGAUCCCAUUAAAUGUGUCAGUGACGGAAAUUUACAUUACUUUAAACUGUACAAGAACUCGCAUCUCGUGGACGAGACCCUGGGAAAUAACAGUGUAAAGGAGUCGCACGAUGUGGAAAUAAUCGCACCGAGGGAUGACAGCAUCGGACACGAUAUUUUCAAUAGCGCUCUCGAUAUGAGAAUUAACACCGGGAUUACUGGAGACAUGUCAGACUCGAAACAGAGGUCCAGCUCCGACAAGACAGUCCAAAACAAAAUAGCUAAAACAAGCACAGACGUUUCGGGUUUGAGCAGUCAACAGGUUUUUGAGUUGUCUCAGCGCGCAGUCUCACAGGCGCCUACAGGCAGCGACAGGAGCGAGUCCGCGGAAUCACACAGGAAACGCGCGGGAGAGUCGUCUGGCGUCGUCACGGAGAUCAAAGCCAUUCAGCAGACGCGCAGGCUACUAGCGAACGCGCGAGAGAGGACGCGGGUGCACACCAUCAGUGCAGCCUUUGAGGCGCUCAGAAAGCAGGUACCCUGCUACUCUUAUGGGCAGAAGCUUUCCAAGCUGGCUAUAUUAAGAAUAGCUUGCAACUACAUACUGUCCCUAGCUCAGCUUGCAGACCUGGACUAUUCCCCAGACCACCGCAAUAUGAGCUUCAGAGAGAGUGUGGAGCAGUGCACUCGAACUCUACAGGCCGAGGGACGCUCCAAGAAGAGGAAGGAAUAAAAUGAAGUAUUCUGUGGCUUUGAAGAGAGAAGGACCUCAAUCCAUUAUAAAAUGAAGACACUAUACCCAUGAAGAAGCAUCCUGCAAUUUAAUUACCGGUAUCUAAAAUCAUGCCAUGUGCCAAUCACUAAUGAAUCUAUCAAGACUUCAUGAAUUCAUCUUUCUUGAAAAUCUCUUCAUAUAAUUAUAUUAUUCUUCAUUCAAUGAAAUAUACUAUAUACAUUGAUGUAAAUGGCAAAUAACUUUAACAUUCAUCAGCUGCUUUAGUUUAUGUUAAUCUAGGAAACUGAACCAUUAUGAGAUGUGGUUUAGUCAGCCAGGUUCCAUGCCAAGUUUUAGGGUACGUUUACACAACAACGAUGUACUUUUUUAAAGUUUCGCGUACAGAUGACAAUGUUGUCAAUACGAUCCCUGUUCACACGGAUUUUGUCUGGAUGGACGAUGAGGUUGCUUUAUUACUACAAGUGACUCUGGACUAUAAAGCAUGGCACCUUUUUAAGGACUGCAACUGGUGAUCUCAAGUUGGUCUGUUCGCCCUGGAGGUAAGGACGAAGUUCUCGAAGUUCAUGCCUAUAGACUGAACAUGUAAUACACGUGCACAUGACGUCAUAAUUUUCACAAAUUUGCACUUUGAAACCCGUUUUCAAAAAACGCUUUUUAGUUUUCAGGCCCCAAAACGCUGUUGUCGUGUAACGAACAGCCAAAAUGCAUAAAAAGUUUCGGUUUUUAGUUAAAAACGUUGUCUUGUAAACGGCCCCUUAGUCUGUAUCAGGAUCAUUUACUAUUUGACUUGUAAAUGAGGUGUCAUACAAAGAUACAUUUACAUAUAUAGAACUUUGUUUUGGGUAAAUAAACCAGUCAGUUCAAUCAGAAAAAACUUGUCAAUGUAAUAAGAGAUAGCUAAAAAUAAAAUAAUAAAUACAAUAGCAAGCAGUAUAGUGGCAAGAAAAAGUAUGUGAACCCUUUGUAAUUAGCUGGUUUUCUGCAUUAAUUGGUCAUAAAAUGUGAUCUCAACUUCAUCAAAGUCACAAGUACAGACAAACACAAUGUGCUUACACUAACAACACACAAAUAACAUCUCUAAUGUAUUUAUUUAACAUCUCCCAUUAAACAUUCACAGUGCUGUGGAAAAAGUAAGUGAACCCUUAUAUUUACAGCGAUAACCUCAACCAAGCGUUUCCAGUAGCUGCGGAUUAGACCUGCACAAUUUUCAGAAGGAAUUUUGGAUCAUUCUUCUUUACAGAACUGCUUCAACUCAGCCAUAUCAUUAGGAUGUCUGGUGUGAAUGGCUCUCUUGAGGUCAGUCCACAGCAUCUCUAUUGGGUUAAGGUGUAGGCACUGACUUGGCCACUCCAAAAGGUGGAUAUUCAUUUUUUGAAGCCCUUCUGUAGUGGAUUUACUUCUAUGUUUAGGGUCAUUGUCCUGCUGCAUCACUCACUUUCUACUGAGCUUCAGCUGGCGCACAGCCACCCUGACAUUAUCCUGUAGGACAGUGGUUCCCAACCCUGUUCCUGGAGGCCCCCAACAAUUGCAUAGCUCUACUAGCGAAAUAAUGAGUUGAAUCAGGUGUGUUUGAUUAGGGAGAUAUACAAAUUGUGCAGUGUUGAAGGUCUCCAGGAACAGGGCUGGGAACCACUGCUGUACGAUAUCUUGAUAAAUUUGAGAAUUAAUUUUCCCCUCCAUGAUGGCAAGCGGCCCAGACCCCGAAGCAGCCCCAAAUCAUGAUACUGCCUCCACUGUACUUCAUUAUUGGGAUGAUGUUUUUUAUGUUGGUUUGCGUUGCCCUUUUUAAGCCAUACAUAGUGCUGCGUGCUCUUCCCAUACAAAUCAACCUUAGUUUCAUCAGUCGACAUAACAUUUUCCCAGUAGUGUUGUGGAUUGUCAAGGUGGCAUUUUGCUAACUUCAGGCAUGCAGCUAUGUUUUUGUUGGAAAGCAGCAGCUACAUUUGUGGUGUCCUGCCAUGGACACCAUGACUAUUUAAUGUUUUCCAUAUUGUAGACUCAUGAACCAAGAUGUUAACCAGUUCUAAUGAUUCCUUCAAAUCUUUAGCCAUCUUUCUAGGGUUCUUUACCUUAUUCUGCGGUGUGCCCUUUGAGUCAUCUUGGCUGGAUGGCCACUUCUAGGGAGAGUAGCCACAGUACUAAACAUCUCCAUUUAUAGACAGUUUGUCUAACUGUGGACAGAUGAAUUUCUAAGCUCUUGGAGAUAACUGUGUAACACUUUCCAGAUAUAUGCAAAGCAACAAUUCUGGAUUGUAGGUCUUUUGAGAUCUCUUUUUUUAUGAAGCAUGGUCUACGUCAGCCUGCGAUGGACUGGCGACCUGUCCAGGGUGUCCCCCGCCUUUCGCCCAAUGUUAGCUGGGAUAGGCUCCAGCCCCCCGCGACCCUGUACACAGGAUAAGCGGUUGACGAUGGAUGGAUGGAUGGAUGGUCUACGUCAGCAGAUGCUUCUUGUGAAUAGCAUACUAAAAACAUUUCAGUGCUUUUUACAAGUCAAAGUAGCUCUAAACCACACCUCCAAUCUCGUUUCAUUAAUUGGAUGCCAGGUUUGCCAUCUCCUGACUCUAAAUAGCUUUUCUAUUUUUGGUUAGAUUUUUGUCAUUAGCAUAGGGGUUCACAUACUUUUUUCAACCUACACUGUGAAUGUCUGAAUGAUGUAUUUGAUAUUUACAAGAAUACAAUCAAUUGUGUGUCAUUAAUUAAAACAUUAAUUUGCUAGAAUUUUGUUAUGAAAUUGAAAUGCAUAAAUCUUAUAUAUAUAUAUAUAAAUAUAUUGUAUAUAUUGAGUAUAUGAAGUCAAAUAUAUGGAUCCCUAAUUAAACAUAAUCCCGAUAUGUAAUAUAAUUUAAUAAACAUUUUCUUCCAUCUUUCCAGUUCAUGUAAUAUAAAACAUGAUUAGCAAUAGUAACACGUCAGAUGUAGUUCACAUAUUACCCUAGUUUUGUUUAGUUUAAAAAUGAUACCAAAUAUUACAUUGCUAGAUUUUAUGGAUAUAGAAUAGCUUUAUAUAUGUACAUAUUUCCUUCACAGAAAUAUCUCUAUAACCUUCAUCUUUGGUCAUCAAGAGCAAUGUUUCAAGAAUUUUAUUUACAAAGCAAAUUCUUAGAUUUUGGCCAGCAUUAAUUGACCAUUAGGAGUACAUAUGUACUAAAUACUGCUCUAUGUCUUAUAACCAACAUAGUCUCAUGACAUCUCAAAAUAAUUAGUAUGAAAUGGCUUAAUCGUAAGAUAUCUUAUGACCACUGAUACGAAAAGUUUACAUUUAUUCCCAUACAGACCAACCAAACAACAAACUGAAUUUCAAAUCAAUACAAUACAGGCAUCCAAUUUUUGCUAUCCUCCUAUUCAAUACUUUAUUUUAAGAAAGGAAAUGUCAGUUAACUAAUUUGACUACUCAUUGCUUAUGCAAUACAAAUGACUGAUGCACCAAUAACCUGUAAUACGGUUUCCUCGUGUAGUUCUGAAGGUCGAUGUUUUCUUUCUUCCAGGGUACACAAAAGAUUUGUUCUUAUUCAAAUCUUUGUUCGGUUUAGGGUGUGAGCAGGGGGUUAGACUUUAUGGUUAGGUUUAGGUGUGGGGUUAAUAUUGUUUGUUGGUUUAUUUUUCACUAUUAGUGUUAAAGUUGUAUGUUUUAGUGUAUAUUUCUUAUGAUUUCCCCAUCUUGUACUGUUAUUAUGACUUGUCAUGAGACAGGGUUGCUUAUAAAACAUUAUCUGCAAACAAGAAAUUUGAAACAUCUCUCUGAAAAAUAAAAUCUAAUGGUCUAAUGCACAGUCUAAUGUAUUUCACACAAAACUGCAAUGCAAAUUACAAUCAAAUUGCAGAACUGUAUAUUAUCCAUAGUUUUCAGAAUUGUGUUUGUUCUUAGCCAGAAUAAGAUGCAAAAUGGACCAGACUGUAUGCUGAUGCAAUGCAAAACUAACCAUGAUCUAUCACCUUUAACUUUUGAGCCAGGCUUUUAACCCCAUGUUGUUCUAGAGGGAUUGUCCCUUUAUUAAGCAUACUGUAAUUUGCUUUGGAUAAAACCAUAUAUUAAAACAACUAUAGUACGUAUUUAAAGAGGAAGCCUCCUCCCACUGUUCUUCCUCGUCUACUUGCUCCACUACAUGAAGAAACAUCCAGUUCCACGUAGUGAAUCACCAGAUCCUCCUGUCCACUCUUUCUCUGAAACUGCACAUCAUUUGGUUUGAGAGUGACUUAAUUUAAUUCUGUUACUAUCACACAAAGUGAUUAAAUGGCUUUAAAAGACAUAGAUAGAGUGCCUGGGUUGCACUGACGUGCGGUCUGGGUAGGCAAACUAGGCACUGCCUACCCUGCCAAAAUUCAAAAAUAAAAUGUUUAUUAAAUAAUAAACUUGUAUUUGUAUUUUUACUUUUUAUUCUUGUGAUUUAUAUAUGCAAUAUGUGUGUUAUUCCAGUUGUUUAGACGUUAUGAUGACAAAUGUAGCAGUUACGCAUAAUCAACUAAAAACAAAUGGUAGAAUAAGCAGUGCUUUUACGGUCCAUUCAUUGCAGACGACAAGCGGAAAACCCAUGUUGCGCAUGCGCACUUCGAUCCUGUAUUCUUUAACAUGUACGGCAAAAAGCACAAUUCUACUGUGCCUUUUGACGUAAAUAUGUUAUGCCUGUAAUCAUCUCCGUUACGUAUCAGACAUGGACCAAUUAAAAUCGAGAUAUUCAUGGACAUUUGCGUAGCUAACGUCAUUACACCACAGCUAGCGUACAUGCCUAAUCCCCGCCAAAUUCAAAAUCAAAAUGACAGCACCGGCCGUAAUCACGGAAUUAAGAAUUUUUUCCAAGCUCGAUUUUAAUUCCAAAUAUCAGUUAAUUGCACGAGGGAGGUCUACGCCAGCCUUAGAUUGACUAGUACAGCAAAAGGGCACAAAAAUUAUCCGAUCAUUUCAAACUGAUUGGUAUGUAAGAAAAGAUUGGCUAUGUGGCUGUGCUAACAAUCAGCGGCUGUACUGCUAUCCCUGCCUGCUUUUUUCAACCAGUCAAACUGUUUGGACUUCAGCGGGAUAUUGUGAUUUGAACAACCUGCCCGCAGCUUUAACCAAGCAUGAAAAGUCGUCAGCUCACAUCCAGUGUCAAAUUACACUGAAAACCUUUGGAAAAUCUCUGACCGACCUUGCACUUGACGAGCAAAGGAAGCUGUAUAUAACCUACCACAAUGAAAAGGUAAAGGAUUGUUGUAUUGUAUCUUCUGUUAUAAAGAUGAAGAUUGCACAUAAAAAAAUAAGCACAUAAUGUUGUAAAAAAUAAACAACUUAUGUUCUGUUAUAUGUUCUGUGUUUUGACUACUGAAUUUUGUAUAUUAAUAUCUAAUGAAGAUAUAUUAACAAAAUCGUAUAUAUUAUAUAUAACACAUAUAUAAAAUACAUACAUUUCUUGAUAUGCCGCGCUUGUGCGUAACGUUCACUGUGUGUGUGUGUGUGUGUGUGUGUCUGUGAGAGAGAGAGAGAGAGAGAGAGAGAGAGAGAGAGAGAGAGUACACGAUAUACAUCCUGAUUUUUUUUACAUUUUUUUUUUUAUUGACAAAUAAUUCAUCCUGAUUUUUACAUUUCUUGAUAUGCCGCGCUUGUGCGUAACGUUCACUGUUAUUACGUAUUAUUAGCUUAAACAAUAAAUCAGGUAAUCUGGCUUUCAUAACUCAGUGCCUAGCCUCUUUAAGACAUCACCGCACGUCACUGCUGGGUUGCAUAUUGAUAACUUUUACUUUGGAAGUUUGAUAAAGGGAAGAAUACAUAUUAAACCACUGUUUAACUGUUUGCUUGCACUAUAUGGCAAAUAAACCAUGUGAAGACUUUUUCUGAGUGAACUAUUACUUUAAGUGUGAUGACGGGAUCUGCAGUGACGUCAUCACAGCCGCGCUAACCGGACUGUAUAUUUACUCAUACAUCAUGUUUUCGUUUACUGUUUUUUCUUUGGUACACACAAUUCUUUUCACUGUUUAUUCGUGUUAGUUUUGGUACAAGUUCCCUUCAAAACCCGCUGCUAUAUCAAGGUACUCUCAUUUCUGGAUGUAGUUGUUUGUGUAUGCUCAUUCAUAGGUGCACACAUCUAUGGGUAUCUCAACUCACUACAUCCCAUUCAUUCAUGCAAUAGUUUACAACUCCCCAUUAAUCACACAGAUACAUGUUUUGUUACAUAUACUUUUACAAUUAUUAUUUUAACUCAACAUUUAAUCAGUUGCAACGUGUUUUAGGAUAAGGGGUAGUCCAUUUUACCAGUAGGGGGAGGCGUUGCGUGUAUUUUUGCCUUUGAGUUAGUGGUGUAGUUUAGAUUGUGUAAUUAAUUCAUUAUGUGUAAAGUAUUUUUCAGUUUUUUGCACUUUAUGUAUAAAUGAGCACCCUUACCAUUGAUCACAAUAAAACGCAUUUUUUGAUUAUUCCUGUGAAUCCUGGGCCAUCAUAUCUCCUCCCCUUGACACACGUAUAUGACAAAGUGUCCAAUUAAUUUCUGAGGUCACUGUAUAUAUUUAACCUACACAAAAUACAAUAAUAAGACAACACCAAUAAGACUGAUGGCACUAAACAUAGUUAUCCAAUGUUAUGAUCUGGCCAUAACAAGACAUGGAAAAAACAUACCUUCUUUCUUCCAAGUAAAUCAUUUCAACCUAACACGGUCUAAAUCACGUCUCAGACAUUUAAUGGCGUAUAUGACGUAACCAAAUCAAAACCAUUUGGAUUGGGCUUUAAGUGUACACAUUAAUCUUUAAACAUUAGAAAGCAUCUGUGUUAUUUCAUUUGCAAAUAUAAAUGCAUUAAACUACUCUUUGCACACAGGAAGACUGAAGAUUGUUUAUGCCAGCUGGUCUUAACCGCAGUUCAUUCAGCUCAUUACAGUUCCUCAAACAGUUUCGGAAGCC